UCCUCAGGACUGGGGGCCAAAUGUGGCCCUUUAGCCCUCUCCAACUGGCCCUUGGGACUCUCCCCAGGCGUAUCUCCUCUCACGCAGGGACCCACCUUGAGGGUUUUUGCCUGGCUGGGUGGGAAUGUGCCCUUGAGCUCUGAUUGUGCCUCUUGCUUGCUUGGAUUCAAGACAGAGAGGGGUGUGUGAGUGUAGAAACUAAACUACUGCACAAAAGUAAAAUGUAUAUUAAUUUCUGCAUGCCCUUUUUUGCCUCUGAGCCCUGGAAGGUUGCCCACAAAUGGGGUCACCGAAGCACUCUGCACGAAGAGGAGCAAAGCCCUUGGAGGCUGCUUGGCGCACCUCUGCAUACGUUCACAGCUCGAAGAAAAUGCCUUCUGUUGUAAAUUUUGGCUCUGAAUGUUCCUGUUUUGUUGCAACCAUUUGCUCAGAAGCGGGGUUUUUCCUGCUUCUUGAAGUCUUUGGGGAGCUUCACAUGAAAAUGGGGGGCAGGAGAUUCAAAACAGACACCCUCUCUCUCUCUCAAGAAAAGAACAACCUCCUUAACACAAUAUGACAUUGGCAUGUGGAACUACCUGACCCAAGAUGAGUAGAUGGCUUUAAAAAGGAUGAGACCAGGGGUGCAGGAACCUGUAGCCCUCCAAAUAUUGUUGGGCUCCAGCUCUGAUUAUCUCUGACCAUUGGCCAUGCUGGCUGCUACUGGGAGUUGGAGUCUGGCAACAUCUGGAGGGCACCAGAUUGCACACCCCUUGUAUCAGGCAAAUUCAGGAAAGGAGGAGGCAUGUCUCAACAAUUAUUCACCAUGCAUGAUAGCUUAGUGGAACCUCCACAUCCAAAAUAAGUCUACCUCUGACUUCUACCUGCCAGAUACAAAGAACAGGGAAGAGGCCUUUCCAGUUCAGCACUGGGGGGCCUGGUGCCCAUCGGGACUGGCAGGCAUGGUAGACCCAUUGAAAUGAAUGAAGAUGAUGGGAGCAAAGCCAGUAAUUUCCAGUGGGUCUACUCUGAGUAGAAUCUAGUUGGCUUCAACCCGUACUCCAUUUGAUGGCACUUACUCUAGCAGGAAGCUUACAUUGAGGACAAAAUUUAAGUACUUGCUUGCUUGCAACCCUUUUAAACAUUUGAAUGCAUCAGCACCAGCUCUUAGCAAACUGAAGCGUGCCUUUUAAUGUCUCCAGCUCGCCCCUGGUUUUUAAGAGCUUGAAAUAUUUAAAUAACUUUGCCACUUGGUGGCGUUUUGAGUAGGCAAGAGGGAGAAAAAUCCUGGUCUUCCCGUCUUUUUGUCCUGGGCCCUGGCCUGGUGGAUGAUGCAAUGAGGUGCAAGAAGAGCCCGCAAUUCCUCUCCAAAUGCCCCUUUUCCAAAUUUCUGCAGCAGUUUGGGGGAUUUUUAUUUCCCAUCUUGGCUCUCCCAUCACGUUCCCUUGGCUUGCAAAAGCAGCUAUGUCUAUUUCUAAAAGAGAAGACAGAGGAGGAGGCCUGGCCCAUCUCCCAGGGCUGGCAUGAAGGAAAAAACUGGGGCAGGGCUCCAUGUGCCUGUACAGGCUCUUUGAUAGCAGCUGGCCAGAUCUCUUUCCCCUUAACCUACCUUACAGGGUUGCUGUGGGAGUAAAAAAGGAUGGGGGAGGGGAGAUGAAUCCACAUACUUGGCCGUUUGCUCUCUGGAGAAAAAGCUGGGAUAUAAAUGCAAGGGAGAGGGCCUUCUCAGUGGUGGCCCCCAAAUUAUGGAAUGAUCUUCCUGAUGAGGUGCGCCUGGCGCCAACACUGUUAUCUUUUCGGCGCCAGGUCAAGAUUUUCCUCUUCUCCCAGGCAUUUGAGCAUGUGUUUUUAAAUUGUUUUAAAUUUUUAAAUUGUGUUUUAAAUUGCUUUUGUUCUUAGUUACUGUAAACCGCCCAGAGAGCUUCGGCUAUGGGGUGGUAUACAAGUAUAAUAAUAAAUAAAUAAAUCAGUCAAUAAAAGUUUUGGGUUGGAUGGGGGGGUUGGCAAGGCCAGAGCUCAGCUUUGAAAAGCAGGCUCUGCUGAUAGCAUUCCUGCCCACCUCCCGCCCCCCCAUCGAAACCAGCAUGCUUUUGGCCAGCUCCUUGCAAGAAUGUUGUUGUUGUUAUGUGCCUCCAAGUCGACUACAACUUAUGGCGACCCUAUGAAUCAGUGACCUCCAAGAGCAUCUGUCGUGAACCACCCUGUUCAGAUCUUGUAAGUUCAGGUCUGUGGCUUCCUUGAUGGAAUCAAUCCAUCUCUUAUUUGGCCUUCCUCUUUUUCUACUCCCUGCUGUUUUUCCUUGCCAGAAUAGGCUGCCUUAUUUCCAAACAUUGCAAGGGGGGUGGGGCAGCCGGGCAGCCUGCUGUGCAGUGAUCAGGCCUGUAGAGCAGCCUUUCCCAACCGGAGUGCCUCCAGAUGUUGUUGGACCACAGCUCCCAUCAGCCUCAGCCAGCAUUGCCAACGGUCAGGAAGACGGGGAUUGUAGUCCAACAACAUCUGGUUGGGAAAGGCUGCUCUAGAGGCUGCCAUUCCUUUCCAGCUUCCCUCCCUGCCUUCUGGAGCCUCCGCCCGCUUUCUGGUUCUCGACGUCUCCGGAACAGCCGCCUGCCUUCCAGGCUGGUUUGGAAAAGCUCUUGCGAGCCGUUGCGUCACUUCUGGACCCGCGCCAAGCUCCGCUGUGUUUGCAGGCAGGCCGGGGUUAUAAAAAGCCAGCCGCGCCUCCGAGGCCAGGCAGAGCGCGAGGGAGAGCGAACGAAAGCAAACUGUUCCUUGGGCUGCGCCGGGUCUCCAUGGCGAGCUACUCCCGCUACCUGCUCCGGAUGCUCCCGCAGCGGCGUUGGCCACUGCCAGGCCUCGGCCCUGCGUGGCUGCGAGAGCCACAGCCCUCCUACAGGGUCCUGUGGCCACCGGGGCCCAGCCUCCUCGACCAGGUGGCGAACGACGUGGAGAGGCACGUCCAGGAUAUGGAACGGCUCAGCCGCGCGUUCUGGCAGGCGUCCCCGCUCGGGGCGUGGAAGCGCGAAGGCCGGCGGGCAGAGAGCGUGGCCCCGGGCGGCGGGAAGGCUGAGCCGGACGCGACGUUCCGCUUCUCCGUGGACGUGGCCGGCUUCUCGCCGGAGGAGGUGGCGGUGAAACUGGAUGGGCGGAAAAUGACGGUGACCGCCAAGCGCCAGAGCGAGAGCGAGGGAGAAGAGGGUGGCUACUGGCGGGAGCAUCAAGAGGUGCGCCGGGAGACUCUCCUCCCCGCCGACGUGGACCUCCAGGCCGUGACGUGCUCCUUGGCCUCCGACGGGCAGCUGUGCAUCGAGGCCCCCCGCCUGGCCUCGCCGGGGAACACGGCAAAAACGAUCCCCAUCGACGUGAAGCCGGCUGACCAGCAGAUUCCUGGCGCCAGCGCAGAGGAGAAAGGCCGGGGAGAGAAUCCGAGGGACCCUUGACAAUCCAAGCGCUUCUGGCCCGCGACGGGCGGUGCAGGCAUCAGCGUGCAGCUCAGCCCCGAUCGAAAGAGCCUCUGGUGUGCCUACUGCCGGAAUGCCAGCUGAUCUUGUUGACUUUUCACUCUUGUUCCUUGUGUGCAAUAAAACGGUUUCUUUGGUUUC